UCCCUCCUCUCUCUCUCUCUCUCCUCUCCCUUUCUUUUCGGCGUUCUCUUCACGUCCGCGUGAUCCCGCGAGAUAUACCGCGCACGCGAGUGCAAUGAUUAUUUACAAAGCGUAGUUGACCGCCGUCCAACCGUCCAUCGUCUCGACAACGACCACGAAAUCACGAGCGUCGCGACGACGAGAGAACGGAAAAAGAAGAGGAACACCAGAGAGAUAUGACGCGAAUGAUACGCGUUCGACACUGACGUUUCCAAGUCAUCGGGACCGUCCAUCCCCUGCGAGGCUUCACCUGGGGAGGAAUCCCCGUGGGAGAGACCUCGCCGAAUAAAGCGCUCUCGUCCCACACCCAUCCGCUUACCCGCAUUUUCUCCGCGCCACGCACAUCACGUCACGUCGCGGUCUUCGUCGCGUCGAUCGCGAAUUCACGGUUCCUCCGAGCGUUCCGAGCCUUCCGGAAACGAAGCGUGGAACCGAUCGGAGCACACAAGGCGCAAUUUCGUCGCUCGAAACUCUCCGUCCCGUCAAGAGCCGCGCGCUCGUCUUCUCUCGCGCACACAGCCUUCACGUUCUCCUCCACAUUCCGCGUGCCUCCUCCUCGAGUUGUCGUCAUCAUCGUCGUCGUCAUCGUCGUCGUCGAUUAAGCUGUCGCGGGACAGGUGUGAUCGACAGCGUUUAUUUUCGAUGUCCAUUGCCGAUGCUAAUCGUAGAUCGUCGAGCGGUAGUGCGUUGUUCCUGUACGCGGUCGACGUGGUUGUCGAUCACGUCGCGACAUCCCGACGUCAUCGUCGCCGUCGUCAGAGUCCACACGUAGUCGCGUCGCGACGAUGAGACGAGCGAUUCGUCUUGUCAGUCUGUGUUUCGAGCCGUGAUAGGUCGCACGGCCGUAGUGAUAGCGGCGAAGGGAGAAUAGAUGAUCGAGUGACAAGGGAGUGAUAACGGUGGAUCCCCGCAUGCGCAUACCGCGACGAGGUAUCGCGAGGGCAGCGAGAGUUCAAGUUGAAAGUACGGGAGAGAGAGGCGACGUGAGAAGAAAAAAGAAAAAAUUGCAGCGAUGUUGAUGCGCCGCUGUGCCUUAGAACGCCGAUGGACAACGAACUCGUAGUCGUGAGGCGAAAAUCGAGCUGACGCCCCCCACACCGGAGAACGGAACCUGGCCGCGACGUCGAGGAGCCGAAGCCGGAGCUGGAGGAGGAGGAGGAGGAGGAAGAGGAGGAAGAGGAGCCGCCGGACGUAACCCUCGAGGCACCGGCUCCCGCGAAUAUGAGCAUGACUCUCGUCCGAAAUUCGUUCAGAGGCUGCAGCGAGGACGACGCAGGUGUCGUAGAUACGGAGGUAGGCGGAGGUUGCGCGGGUGGAGCGCCAACCGCAGGAGGUGGAAAUGUUGCUAGCAAUGGUGGUGGUGGUGGCAGCGGAGAAGCGUGCGGGAGGGUGAGUGGUGGCGGCGACAGCGAGGGCGGAUCAUCCGCGAAGCAGCAGCAGCAGGGUGGCGAAAGGUGCCCUCAGUGCGGUAUCCUCUGUCGGGACGUUCGUGUCCUGCAGCUUCAUCUCGAGGACACGCACAAAACGUCCUGUACCAUCGACAAGCACGAUCUCAACGCCCAGUUCUCCCAAGUGUCCUGUAAGGUGUGUAGCAAAACCUUCGCCAACGUUUAUCGACUGCAGAGGCACAUGAUCAGCCAUGAUGAAAGUGCCGUUUUACGAAAAUUUAAAUGUCCUCAUUGCGAAAAGGCCUUCAAGUUCAAGCAUCACCUUAAGGAACACCUGCGUAUUCAUAGCGGUGAAAAGCCAUUCCAGUGCAACAAUUGCGGUAAGCGGUUUUCUCAUUCUGGAUCGUAUUCGAGCCACAUGACGGCGAAAAAGUGCUUGAUAAUGAAUCUGAAAAAGUCGAGGCAGAACACCAUAAGCAAUGUCGAUCGGAGUCAGAAGAAGGCACAGACGUUAUCGGGACGACGUGAUGUCGAUCUGCUGACAGCCAACAAUAACACAUUUCUGCCGAUUCUACCGAAGUUAUCACCUUCAGAAUAUCAGGAAAUUCAAAGAGAGGGAACAGGUGUUUAUGAUGUACCAACUCUGCUGCCUCACAUGAUGGGAUUCGGAAAUUACUUCCUGCAGUCUUCGAUAGGCAAACUGCUGAAUCAAUUGCAUACUAAGCGAUUUGAUCAUGUCACCGAGCAGAUUGAGACGCAUCGGGAAGUGAUGAGUCCAUCGACAGCGGACUCUGAGGGAACGGAAGGAACUGAGGGCAAGGAGUCACCCGCACCAACAGAUCCGUUGCAAGGUCUCGAUGCUGUUCGACGAAUUCUAGAGACCGUAAAUACAUCCGUGACGAAGCAGUUGCUUGAAGCGAAUGUGCGGAAACUGUCCACGUCUCCGGCCACGAUGAAGCGGGAGUUUGAAGAGGAUUAUCAAGAUCAAGAUAGCGAGAUGUCUAGUGAGAUGACACAUUGUCCAGAUUGGGUCGCAAUGGACCAAUAUGAUUCGCAAAGUGAAGGUUUAGCCGCGAAGCUUGAGAAUGUUAAUCAACCAACAUCGAGAUCAACUAAGAAAAAAGUAGAAGAUAGUUCUGAGGCGGAUUCGGAAGAUGAGGACGAAGGUAACCAGACUCACAACGACAAUGGUAGAAGGGUCAGAGCUAGAUCGCUCAUAGACGACGAACAGCUGGCCGUUCUGAAAGGUUACUAUGCCAUCAACCCGCGACCUAAAAAGGAAGAGAUCACUAUGAUCGCUAAUUAUAUCAAUUUUCCUACUCGUGUCGUACAGGUACGCAUAACCCCUACAGCAACGGAAAAUGAGCAGGGUCUUUAUUUCUGUGAUCGGUGUGAGAAAACAUUUUCCAAACACAGUUCCCUCACGAGACACAAGUAUGAACAUUCCGGGCAAAGGCCGUACAAAUGCGUGGAGUGUCCAAGAGCGUUCAAGCACAAGCAUCAUCUGACUGAACAUAAACGGCUGCACAGCGGCGAAAAGCCCUUCCAGUGCUCCAAGUGCCUCAAGCGCUUUUCCCACUCCGGCUCCUAUAGCCAACAUAUGAAUCAUCGUUAUUCUUACUGCAAGCCCUACAGAGAAUAGGAGUACUUCGCCUACUCAUCCGAGGCUCGAUCGCUUACCUAGAUUAGAUUUUUUUUCUCCAUGGACUUAUAUAGAUAGACUGCACGCUUCCAUAGGAAGUAUGAAACAUUAAUAAGAAAGACAACAGAAACUUUGUCAGAUAUCUUGUCCAGUUGGUGGAAAGAAGGAAAAAGAAAAAGCGAUCAUUUUUUUUUAUCUUAAAAAAAUGCUCAUUAUUUUCUUUUUUCUCUCUCUUCAACUCUUAUAUUUCCCUAUAUUCUCCCUUCAGCAUUGUGCGACAGAGAGAACAUUUGAUCACGUAUAUCUCUGUCCUUCAAUGUCAUCGCCUGCUGUCGCAUAUAAAUAUGCAGUCUCCCAGAUAGCCAAAUCUAUCGAAAACAGACUUUAUUACGUCUCCAUAAUGCCAGCAAAAAUAUAACAGAAUCUUCUAACGGCAGGAUAGCAGAAUGACUGCGGAAACCGAACAAAAUCUGCUAUUUUAUAACCAUUUAAAUAAUAUAUUCUAUUCAAAUUGUUAAAGAGAGAAACGCGAGACAUAUAAGAAUGGUUAAUUUGUAGUCAGUGAGUCUCGUCUUCAAACCUCAAUUCUCUAUGCUGUUUAUAAGAUACUGUUUAGAAAAUGACAAGUUAAAGAUUGUGAAUGAAUUAAGAAGUAUGAAAUGAGUAGUAAUCCGUUCUUUACUACUUUUAUUUAUAUAGCAGAUAUUUAUUUGGUAUCUACUAGCGAUUUGCUGUCAUAUUAUGUCGGUUCUACUGGUAGAACAUGAGUUUAAUGUGGACGCAAUCAAUCUGUCGCAGAUUCUACUUGAAUCUGAAUAAAUUACUAGAAUAUUGCUCACAUUUUGCUUUCUGGGUUAUCUAUAUAGGUCUACGCUUUCUCUUUAUAUUUAGAAUUUCACUCUUUUACGUAUGAGUUUGUUUACGUCUUUUACGUAUGAGUUUUUCGAGAAUCCCAUUUCAUGAGAAAACGCUAGAACGCCUUUAUACUCUCUCGCGGCAUAAACUUUAAGAGUCGCCGCGAUGUUUCGUGAAGCUAUAAGUAUAAUAUAUACCUAAGAUGCUGUGCGACAUCACAUUAUAAAGCCAUGGCGUUAUUGCUCGUCGGUUCGUACUUCGGAAAAAAAAGAAAAAUAUAAAAAAUGGUUUAGGUGAUACAAAAUUGGGAAUAUUAAAUGGUCGUAUGUUAGAUCUCGCAAUUGAGAUAAGAGAUAUUCAUAUUAUCUCAUCUUGUAUCGUCUAAAAAAACUGGCUUUAGAGAUUUUACUAAUUUUAUUUUAGGAUUUGAAAGAUAAAAAGAUAUACCGGUGAAUAUAAACCGAAAAGAAAACUACUCGCGGCAAACGCGUUGACAAAUAAACCAAACGCAUGUAACGGUACCAAAAAGCAUAAUGCAAUAAUCUAUUAUAUAUAUAAUAUAAUAUACAUAAUAUUUUAGUAUUUUUAUUAACAAAAUAUUAUAUAUACCAUGACAAUAAUAAGGAAACUAAUUAAUGUACAAAUUUGUUAGCUACGUCCGCAUAUGGAGCGCGAUAUCCAUUCGCAAAACUAAUCUAUUGAUAUACGAGCUAGAUUCGAUAGUAAAGAAUGUUUUUAAACAAUUAAUCUCUGCGAAACGACGUGUCAUGUGUCUAUGAUAAAUGAUUUCCAAGACUUAGGUUUCAAUAAAUUCGAAUAUAAGAAUGGAAAUCGCGCAUAGUGUAUAACGAGUGCUCGUUCUACGCGAGUAAAUAUGGAUAUAUUGAGUUUACCGAAUCAAAUAUGUCUGGGAUACAGCUGUUAAUUGAGCUUAACAUUAAGAAAUUUCGUCGAUCGUAAAAAAAAACGGAGAUUAGUAUCUCUUGUUCCACUUUCUUACAAUGAAUAACUUCAUUCGAAGAAAACAGGCUAUAUUAUUAUUAUUAUAUAUUAUUAUUAUUAUUAUACAUUAUUAUAUAUGUAUAGAACGCGAAAGGGAAAGAGAAGAAGCGAAACAGGCGAGUGGGAUUUAAGGGCCAUGCGGGUCGGUGAUCGAUGUCAUGCGAGUUCUUUCUUUUUUUUUUUUUACUUAUUGUACUUACAAGGUGGCAAGUUGACGACGCGUUAUUCUUGCAUAACGUGAUUACUAUUCGAGAUCAGAAAUACGUAUUACAUCGUGAAAUGCGCUACACAUUCCGCGAGGAUCCAUUUCUCAGGGCCUCCUAAUUUUAUUUAUCGCUUUUUUACACCCUCUUGCAACGAAUAGCACCGCGUGGCACCUUUCAUCAGAACCCUGACCUCGCUCUUGCCGGACAGCACAAGCAAUCUGUCGAAACGUGCGACACGUACGUUUUGCAUGGCAGAGAUUAGUAGUUUGGAAAUUAGAUUUUGAUGUAACGCAAAUAAUACAAAAAAAAAAAAUUUGAGAAAGAACGUGUCCAAGAGACGUCUAAAGGAAGACCCGUUCGACCGGAAACGUUCGGCCGUCUCUUUGCGCCUUUUGUACGUUCGUGUCGUAUGAAAAAAAAAGGUGCGACGCGAAAUACACGAAACGUGCACCGAAACCUCGCAAUAAUCUCUUCACCGAAAUCCGAGGCCCGAAAAUAAACCGUAACACCUAAGUAUGAUAUUAAAUGCUUCCAAUAUUGUACUAUUAAAAUUAUUAUAUUACGACGUUUAUAUGAUUUUAUUCGUUCGGACGCGCGUAGAGAGAUAAGGACGUAUAUUAUAUAUAUAUACAUAUAUAUAUAUAUACAUACUCUACAGAUUGAUAAUACUCGAGAAUGUAUUUUAUAACAGUUUAUGCGUUCUUUUUAUUUACACGAGUACUACAAGUGAUAAGUGAUAUUGUUAUUGAAUAAA